GUUGAAUUGCAGGGUUACUGAGUGACAUUUUUAGUAAAGCAAAGCGUAACUGAGACUUAGUAUGGAAGACCAAGGUAACCAGAAACCGUUCAGCUUUAGCUUUGGGAAAGAUGAUGGCAAGCCAACGCCGUCAUUUUCAUUCAACGCCCAAAAUCAGUCCAACAGCAACAAACCAUCCCUCUUUUCUUUUGGCUCAGCUCCAGAGAAAAAUGAUAGUAAAAAGCCUAAUGGCUUUGGCUUUAAUUCUUCCAAUUUCAGCAUCCCUGUGAAAUCCAUGGCAGCAAACCCUCCCACAGAAAGAUUGAAUUUCUCGUCAGAAACUGCGGUUCCAAAUAACACCUUACCCUCCAUACCGCCAGCAUCCAAAUUACGUAGUAUGACUAGCAACAGUGAAAAACAACCAAAGAGCUUUCAGGGGUUUGAUUUUGGAGCAAAAAAGCAAGAACCAACUACACAGGAAGUCAACCCAGCCAAUUCUACUGAGGGAAACUUAAUAAGCAACGAGACCAUUAAGAAUGACACCACGGACGAAAAUCACAAACAACAAAAAGAGAAAGAGAAUGAUUUUUUGAAAAGCUACCAAGUACCUUCAGCUGAAUCUUUCAUUCAUGAGGAUGAUGACCUGGUCGAUAAUGAUGACGACAAAGCUGAGGAGUUUUAUGAUAUGGAUAUUGAUGAAAAGACCAAUCUGCCGAUCAGAAGGUUGAAUUAUGAGGAGGAUGCAAAAUCUCGUUUAAGUAAAGGUGAACAUUUAAAAUUUGCUGUAUCAUCCAAGACUGAACAAGGUAUGUUGUUUGUUACUGAAGCUGAAGAUAAAGUAGCAGCAAAGAGCAGCAGCCAAAGCAAUUUUAAAAAGGAGAAGACAAAGCUCUUUCCUUUUGAGCUGAUACCUCAAUUGGACCAGUCCUCAGAAUAUAGAACAUUUUUGAAUAACCUUUACAAAGAAUUUGAGCCAUUGCUAAAGGAUAGAAAAUACAAACAUUAUUUAGAGCCUGAAAAUGAUGAGUAUAUGCAGAUAGGAGUAGUGUCAACGAUAAAACAUAACAGAGAAGAACGUCAGAUAUUUUUGAGAAAGCUCAUGUCGUUUACCCUAAACUACUUACAGACUCUAAUCAAGGAGAAGAUGACGAGCGAUUUUGGCAGCUUCAGUGAUCAAUGGGUAGUCAACUACGAGGAGAUUAUCAAUGUAUUGUACCUACUAAAUGCACUUCAUUUUGGAAGCGAAGAUGAGACUAUUGUAUUAUUUCAGCAGUGGAUUGAGAGGAUUGAAAUCCAGCCUGACGACGAACUUCUAGCGUCGGUUUUCCAGGAUUCUGAUAAACCAUACCAGAACAUGGCGUUCUGGUCUACCUAUGUGAAGAAGUUGCUGCUGAGGUGUUCUUUUUCCCAAUUGGUGAAUGACUUGAAUGCUUCCCAAUACGAGGAGCUUAAGGACAGCGACAACGAGCUUUUCUUGCUAGUGGAAGACUUCAUCAGUCUCAUCGAAUCGUAUGACCCUGUUUUGUUCUCAUCAGAUGUCUCUGCGUUUUUGAGAUGGAAGAAGGUAGCGGUUGAACUAAGAGAGGCAGCCAACAACGUCUAUGCAAAGAACGUGAUGAUCCACAGCGAGCUUCUGGAGCUCCUCAGCAUCCUAGCGGGCUCUUCCCACACGAUUGACGACAGUUCCAGCUCGUGGUACGAGUGUUUUGUGGGUCACUUCGUCUACCAGAUGCCGAGCAAAAAGCUGAUUCCGGAAUACAUUGAAAACGCUCUGGAGAUUGAUACUUACGAGAAACCGUUAGGAGGAAUCGAGUCUUGGGAUUCUAUCUGCGUGGAGUUGUUCAGGGGCAAGUACUUGACUGUCAUUGCCUCUCUCGAGGCAUUGGACAAGUCUAUUGGGACUUUUGUUGCCGUCCUUAUGGAGGCGUCCGGGUUGUUGGAGCGGUACUCGAAGGACAUUCCGGGUGACAACGUGAUCGACAAGAGGAUCGCUAGCAAGGGCAUCAGCAGCAACAUUGACAGAAUGGUGGAGGACCUUGCUCUCACGUACCUCAAUAGCCAGGAACUGUUUGCCAUCGGUGUGGGCAUCCUUGUGAGCGUCGGAAGCAACAAGAGCCGAGAGAUUCUUUCGGAGAUGCUUCCAACGUACGAGAUCAAGGACUCGGACGACCUCGAAUGGGUGCUCUCGGUCUGCUCAAAGCUGAAGCUCACGCAGACGCUGCGCACCAUCCAGCAGAUGCAGGGAGAGCGGUUCUACGAGAAAAGGCUUAUCCCAAAUGCUCUUAGCUGCUUUGCCGAGUCCAGUCUGCCCGAGAAGGUUGUCUCCACCGUGUGGCGACUCUUCGAGGAUGCUCUCGUCAACGGCGGCCUCGAUGCCGGUCUUGCUUCCCAGUUGUUCGACAGCGACCUCAGCAAAAACAACACUAUUCUCAGACAGAGCUUGUCGCCGCUAUACACCUUAUACCAGCUGCUCCGCCAGGACAGACCUGACGAUCACGGUAAGUGGUUCCGCCGUCUGCAUGCCCUCCUCGAAUUUGCCUACCUCCCGGGCUUCUACAAGUGCGGCCUGCUCCUGCUGGUCUUCGACAACCUCAACAAGGGCGUCUUUGACAUGGCCAACCUUGUCGCCCUCAUCGAGAGCAUCAACCGCUACGAAAUGGACCUCCGUCGGGACACCGACCUGCUGUCUAAGUCGGCGUCCUUCUACUCCCUGCUUGUACACAGCCGGCCUGCCCCGGCAGAGACGGCCUACCCGGCAACACUCUCCGAGCUGCUUUUUAGCGUCCGCCGAGGUAUCGCCAUGGAUGUCAGCUUCACCUUCCUUGACGAUACCAUUUACUGAGGGCUCGACCGUCGCCGUGAUAAGGCCCGGAUCUUUCUUCCGGCUAACGCCUUGUAUUCCCGGCUGGAAAAGACCUCAGAUAAGAGACCGGCUCGAAACGCUCGCCGACGAGAAAAGCGCCGGGUCUUGUCGCUGUAUAUAGGGCGGACGACUUGCUGUUGGGUGGAGAAGAAGAUAGAGAUGAGGAGGACGACCCUGCCAUGUGUAUCUGUGUAGCUUUGUACAGCAUUCGUGCAUCGUGAAAUUACAAAAUGUCUGAUUACGACAACGUCAUCAAGUUAAGACAGACGAACCAACUCAAG